UGUCACUCAUUGGCUCCGUGCGGUUUCCUUGGGGACGUGGCGCCGCCGCCGGCACGGGCCCUCCUUCCGGCUGGGCUGGAGGCUGUAGGAGCAGCUGUGGACACGGCGGAUCCGAGCGGUGCAGAGGGACCGGCAGGCCGCUCGAUCCCGCUGCAGACUUAGGAGAUGCCUGGGACAAGGAAUCCACCUUCUCAGGUCAAAAGAAAAAGGAGGUGACAGACCACUGAAGGGAACCCAUGGCUAGGAUCAGUUUUUCCUACCUCUGCCCAGCUUCCUGGUACUUCACUGUGCCCACAGUGAGCCCAUUUCUCCGUCAGCGGGUAGCAUUCCUGGGGCUCUUCUUCAUAUCCUGUCUCCUUUUACUUAUGUUAAUCAUGGACUUUCGACAUUGGGGUGCAUCAUUACCAAGAGAUAGGCAGUAUGAAAGGUAUUUGGCUCGGGUAGGGGAACUUGAAGCUACAGAUACUGAAGAUCCAAAUCUGAAUUAUGGACUUGUGGUGGACUGUGGUAGCAGUGGCUCCCGGAUUUUUGUUUAUUUCUGGCCAAGACAUAAUGGGAACCCCCAUGACUUGCUGGAUAUCAAACAGAUGAGAGACCGCAAUAGCCAACCUGUGGUUAAAAAAAUCAAGCCAGGAAUCUCUGCAAUGGCAGACACUCCAGAACAUGCCAGUGACUACCUUCGUCCUCUGCUGAGCUUUGCUGCUGCUCAUGUGCCUGUGACGAAGCACAAGGAGACCCCCCUUUACAUCCUCUGCACAGCAGGCAUGAGGCUUCUCCCUGAGAGGAAGCAGUUGGCUAUCUUGGCUGACCUAGUGAAAGAUUUACCACUGGAGUUUGACUUCCUCUUUUCGCAGUCUCAGGCGGAAGUGAUCUCUGGAAAACAGGAAGGGGUUUAUGCAUGGAUUGGAAUCAACUUUGUUUUGGGAAGAUUUGACCAUGAGGAUGAAUUAGAUGCUGAUGCUUCCCAGGAAUCAGCAGUAGGACGCAGAAGGACUGUAGGGAUACUAGAUAUGGGAGGAGCCUCUCUUCAAAUUGCUUAUGAAGUUCCUACCUCAACCUCUGUCCUUCCUCCAAAACAGGAAGAAGCUGCCAAGAUUCUGCUGGCUGAGUUUAACCUGGGCUGUGAUGUGCAACACACCGAACAUGUGUAUAGGGUUUAUGUCACAACCUUUCUGGGUUUUGGAGGCAACUUUGCCCGGCAGCGCUAUGAAGACCUUGUGCUGAAUGAAACUCUUAGCAAAAACAGGCUGCUCGGCCAGAAGACGGGCCUAAGUCCUGACAAUCCAUUUCUGGAUCCCUGCCUGCCUGUGGGACUCACUGACGUGGUGGAAAGAAAUAACCAGGUCCUACACAUCCGAGGAAAAGGGGACUGGGCCACUUGUGGGGCCAUGCUGAGCCCGCUGCUGGCUCGCCCCAACACCAGCAAAGCCUCCCUGAAUGGCAUUUACCAGUCACCAAUUGAUUUCAACAACAGCGAGUUCUACGGCUUCUCCGAAUUUUUUUACUGUACAGAGGAUGUGUUGCGCAUUGGUGGCCGCUACCAUGGGCCAACAUUUGCCAAGGCUGCUCAGGAUUACUGUGGCAUGGCUUGGUCAGUACUAACUCAGAGGUUCAAGAAUGGCCUCUUUUCUUCACAUGCAGAUGAGCAUCGACUCAAAUAUCAGUGUUUUAAGUCAGCUUGGAUGUACCAAGUCCUGCAUGAAGGAUUCCACUUUCCCUAUGAUUACUCAAACCUGCGGACAGCCCAGCUGGUGUAUGACCGAGAGGUUCAGUGGACGCUGGGAGCCAUUCUGUAUAAAACUCGAUUCUUACCACUCAGGGAUCUUCGGCAGGAAGGUGUCCGACAAACCCAUGGUAGCUGGUUCCGUCUCUCCUUUGUCUAUAAUCACUAUCUCUUCUUUGCCUGUAUCUUGGUGGUGCUACUGGCCAUCAUCCUGUACCUUCUACGACUCCGUCGAAUUCACCACCGACAAACUCGAGCCUCAGCUCCAUUGGACUUGCUGUGGAUUGAAGAGGUGGUGCCGAUGAUUGGGGUACAGGUGGGGCCAUGAGGAUGGACCAGGACUGGAGAAACUUGAGUACCCCAGAGUUGCUGCUCAUUGAAUUUCUUCACUUUUUUUGUACUGGUCUCAGAUGCUGCUUUGACCUUGGAAUUUCUACUUUAAUUUCCACUUUAAUUCCUUCUUAGUACCCAGGUCCUCUUCUCAGAGAGAAGUUGUUAUUUAGUAUGUGAGGAACUAAGUGACAAGACAUUGGUGCUAACAAGGGGACCAAGCAUGCUCUCAGAGGUCUGGUGUGUUCCUGGAUCUAGCCAUUUUUCCCCUUGCUAAAGCAUGAAGUUUGGCAUUGGGCACACUGGAAGCCUGGUUGAAACCAAACUUGGAGCAUCUGAUACAAAGCUGGGGACAUUCUAGCAAGUGCAGCAGCCCCUUCUUUCUCUGUAACAGAGAUAUUGUUUAUGUGGAGAUCCACAACCUUUAAUAUGGAUCCAAGAUCUUUGCAAUUUAAUGGACCAGAUAUGAAUUUCCAGGCAACCAAAAUGAUACAACUUCCUUGCUUACUUGACAAAGAAGCCAUUGUGGAUAUGAUCCAAGAUUCCUGACAAUGUUGCUGAUGUUAGAAUAUGACUUUAAAGGGUUGGAACCUCUUCUAAAUGGAUGGCCCAUUGAAGAUUUUAUAAUAUUUUAUCUGAUGGCUGGUCUGACCAGGAUAGAAAUUUUUUUUUCUCGUGUCUAUGUGCCUCACAGGCUGUUUGGGCAUUAAUUUUAUUUUUUGAGUCUUAAGUGUGUUUCUAAGAUGGAGAAACUAGUGGGGUAUGAGGACCUGAAUUUGACUGGUUUCAUGAGUCAUUGUCCCCUAGGUAUAUUUUUAUGUAUAGGGAGAAUUCAAGAGUUCCUUCAUUUUAUUACUCAGAUCAAUAUCUAGUUUGGGAAGGAAUGUAUUGAGGUUGUCAUCAUGAGAGUGGGCAAAGGCAAUAAACUCAAAGCUCUUA